UCUAUCAGACUUGGGGGAGAAGGAAAAGCGAACGAUCAAGCAGAUCUGUGCCUCAAAAGCUUUGCUCCCGCCGCUCCAUUUCCCGCAAGAAAGAUGGCUCUGAGAGGUGACUGGGUUUACGAGAACAAUGGAGGUACAUGCGUGGCGAUCGCCGGAUCGGAUUACUGUGUAGUGGCCGCCGACACGCGUCUUUCCGUUGGAUACAGCAUAUACACCCGCGACUACUCCAAGAUCUGCAAGCUAGCUGACAAAUGUGUAUUGGCAUCUUCUGGAUUCCAGGGAGAUAUGAAAGCCCUACAGAAGAAUUUGUCUGCAAAGCACCUUAUAUAUCAGCAUCAACACAACAAGCAAAUGAGCUGUCCUGCGAUGGCUCGGCUUCUUUCAAAUACUCUUUACUAUAAAAGGUUCUUCCCUUACUAUACAUUCAAUAUUCUAGGUGGGCUUGACAACGAAGGGAAGGGUUGCGUCUAUUCUUAUGAUGCUGUUGGAUCCUAUGAGAGGGUGGGGUACAGUUGCCAAGGAACUGGUGGAGCUCUUAUCAUGCCUGUUUUAGACAACCAGCUUAAGUCUCCUAGUCCUUUGUUAUUACCUUCUAGGGAUGCUGUGACACCUCUCUCGGAGUCUGAGGCAGUUGAUCUUGUCAAAGAUGUGUUUGCAUCAGCUACAGAAAGAGAUAUAUACACUGGAGAUAAGUUAGAAAUUAUUGUUGUAAAUGCAACGGGUAUCCGACAGGAGUUCCUUGAUCUGAGGAAGGAUUAGAAUAUCUGUUGCAGUGCUGAUGGAAAUUUCUAAGACAGCUGAAAGCCCCUCAUAUUCUUGUGAGUAUUGAACCUGUAAACUUUCUUGGAUUAGGGGGUAAAACUGAUUUGAAUUAAGGAGUACAAAUAUCCUCCAAGCAACAUAAAUUCAUUUACUAUUUUCAUUCUGCAAAAACAUUUAAGUCGCAGCUUGUUCCUUUAGAUUCUUACUGCAUCAAAUUGAGGAUUUUAGUGGGUUUUUUUCCUUGUCUUAAA